AUGGCUGGUGCGGUGUGGUGCACGGGACAGUGUUGCCCUUUAUGGCGCCCCUAUCCGUCAACAAUCAUCAGUGUCGAGGGCCAUGUGGCCAUUCUGCUUGGAAAUAAGGCUAUUGUGAGGACGAGAAUCAGUGGUUUAUGGGGAGGACAAAGGAUGAUUGGAGUUGGAACAAUUUUCAUUUUGGCUGAUUACCUAGUUGCCUGGGACAACGAAGAGAACCUGAUUGGAACAGAGUCUCUUCGACAGCUCUUU